GCGCAGUGGCGUGCGUUGAUCUCGCUCCGCGUACGCUGCGUGCGUUGGGCGGUCCGGCGGGUGAUGACGCAGCACGUGGUGGCGGUUUGAAAUCCUGGCGCGGCAGAGGCCGCGCGGUACUUUGCAGUGAUGUCGCUUGUGAGGCCCUUCGAUAAACUCCCGACGCUCAACUCGGCCGCUAUCUUGUUGGUGGGCACGGAUGAAAGUCAGCAGCAGCAGCUAGCAGAGGCAAUUCUUAAGGAGAAAAAAAACUUCAAGAUAAAUAUCCACGUGGCGACCUCCCUCCCUUUACCUGCUGAGAGAGAUCAUAUCCGGCCCCGGAUUGAUCUGAUUGCCUUUAUGAUUAACAUGCAAAGCAAACACAGUUUUAGGAAUGUUGAAGCUUCACUAUCACACAUGGAUGCCAACUUCUUCCUUGGGAAAGUGUGCUUCCUCAUCACAGGUGUUGGUAGGAUGAAUCACUGCAGCGUAGAGAUGAAUGCUGUCCGGAAACUGGGAAACCUCUACUGCAGCCCUGUCCUAUUCUGUGAGCUGGAUUCUGAAGGAAUCAGAGUUGCCACAGCUCAGCGGCUGCUCCGGAUGUUGCAGAUCUGCGCUGGUCACAUGCCGGGGGUUUCUGCCCUCUUCUUCAGUUCUUUGAUGAAAAGCUCCAUUGAUGAGUAACCUUGAUGUAAAUCCAUUGCCAUUCUUCCUGUCCACACUCUGAUGCUGUUUCAAACUGCAGAAAUAGACGGAAAUGGGAAUUUUAUUGAGACGCUUUUUCUGUUGAUUUGUAAUGAGGCCAGCUCAUCCCAUGCUGCUCCUUGCUUUUGUUACCUUUAUAGGAAAAGCUUAGUUCCUGUUUGGUGGGUGGUGGCUGGAGCCGUACUAGUGAAUCUCCUUUCACUCCUAGGUCCCAGUUUGAAUUAACCCCGUUUGUUAGUGACCAAGAGCUGUGUAGCCUUCUAAUUGCUGUAUGGGAAGUGGGAGAUGGCCAUGUCCUUAGGUCAGUGUGUAUCAUAGCAGGUAGGUGUACUUCAGAGGCACAGCAGUCAUGGAGAGAAGUAUCAGAAGUCUGCAAGGCUUCUGCCUAGUACCAAUGGACUAUUUCACCAGGGAGAAAAUAGGAAAGCAUUAGGAAGAGUUUUUGCAGUAUUCAAAUUGAAAUAGGGCACUUCUCUCAAAUGCAAAACACUCACUUACCCAUAAAGCCCCUUAAAGGUAGGGUUACCAUAUUUAAAAAAUAAAAAAAG